GCCCGGCGCCUGCGGAGGGAGCGGCGGCGGCGGCGGCGCGGGGGGAGCGGAGCGGAGCGGCCGCCCGAGCGCUCGGGGCUCCGACCGCCCGCCGCGCUCCUCGCGCCCCCGCCGGGGCAGCCGCGAUGUGCGGGGGGAUGGCGGCGCACGGUCCGGGCGGGCCGCGGUGCUGGCAGAACCGGCGGGCGCGGCUGCUGUGCAUGCUGGCGCUCACCUUCCUGUUCUUCGUGGUGGAGGUGGCGGUGAGCCGCGUCACGUCGUCGCUGGCCAUGCUCUCCGACUCCUUCCACAUGCUUUCCGACGUGAUGGCCUUGGUCGUGGCGCUGGUGGCCGUGCGCUUCGCCCAGCGCACCCGCGCCACUAAGAAGAACACGUUCGGGUGGGUGCGGGCCGAGGUGAUGGGCGCCCUCGUCAACGCCGUGUUCCUCACCGCCCUCUGCUUCACCAUCCUGCUGGAGGCCAUCGAGCGCUUCACGGAGCCCCACGAGAUCCAGCAGCCGCUGGUGGUCAUCGCCGUGGGGGUGGCGGGGCUCAUCAUCAACCUGCUGGGGCUCUGCCUCUUCAACCACCACGGCGUCGGGGGCCACGGGCACGCCCACGGCCACGGGCACUCGCACGGCGGCCGGCAGCAGCACCCCCGCGGCGGCCCCAAGCCCGAGCAGCCGCCCGGGGACGGGGAGGCUGCACUGAACCGCGACGAGACCAGCACCUUGGUGGAGAACUCCAGCAGCUCCAACGGAGUCAGCCAGGAGAAGCUGGGUGAUAUGAAAGAUGACAUGAGUGACGUGCAAGUGAAUGGGAAUGCUGGCCAUUAUCCUCUGGAUGAAGAGGAAGUUGAAGAAGACUCUAGUGCACAACUUAACAUGCGUGGAGUUUUUCUGCAUGUUUUUGGAGAUGCCUUAGGUUCAGUAAUUGUGGUAGUGAAUGCCUUGCUCUUUUAUGGCUUGUGGAAUCCAUGCCCUGAAGAUGGGCCUUGCUUUAAUCCAUGUGUCAAUAAUCAUUGCAUGGAAAAUGCUACUUUAUCCCGAGUACUUGGCAGAGCUAACAAGUCAGAGCAAGAGAGCAUUACGGUGGCUGGUCCUUGCUGGUUGCUAUAUUUAGAUCCUGUCCUCUGUCUGAUUAUGGUCUGUAUACUCCUUUACACAACCUACCCGUUACUUAGGGAGUCAGCCCUCAUCCUGCUACAAACUGUUCCCAAACAAAUAGACGUCCAUUCUUUGAACUCAAAGUUACGUACCCUCGAAGGAGUCGAAGCAAUCCAUGAAUUACACAUUUGGCAGCUAGCAGGGAGUAGGAUCAUUGGCACUGCUCACAUCAAGUGCCCUGACCCGUCCACGUACAUGAUGGUGGCCAAGCGCAUCAAAGAGAUCUUUCAUGACGAAGGGAUUCAUGCAACUACCAUUCAGCCUGAGUUUGCCAGCGUUGGCUCUGAGUCGGGGAGAGGGAAAUGCGAGUUUCCUUGCAGGACUCAGUGUGCUUUGAAGCAGUGUUGCGGAGCAGGAGAAGAUAGUACUGCAAAGAAGACAGAAAAAUCCUCGUCGCUUAGUAUUUCUUGUUCAGAAGUUGUCAUUGAAUUUCCGAAAACGAGGAGGACUAAGUCGGAGAGCAUCCCUUCAGUGAAGCUGGAGGCUUCGAACACCGAUCAAAAUGAGCAGUUUGAGUCAUCUUUGUAACUCCCUGAAGGGUGCUACCUGAGUUGUGGAGACUUUGUCAACAGCUGUGUUGCAAGAGGAAGAGACAGACGUUUGAGAUGCAAUUUUGCCAAAUAGUGUAAUUGCUGAAGUCCUUGUUCUUGUCAUAUUGCUAAAUAUAGAAUGCUUGUUUUAAAGAAUAUAAUGUCACUGUCAUGAUACAAUGCGUUUGUGUUGACUUUGUUUGACUGAGACAGACAGAAAGUGCAUCCAUGCUGUAACACUUCAGAAAACCAGAUUCAACAUUUCAGCAGAGACACUUUUUGCUGUGCUUCAAAUUAAGAUACUUUUUUCCAAUGAAAAGGUAUUUGAGGGAUAAGCAUGUAGGAACUCAGUUUGUGUUACAGAUGUCUUGGACCUACUUUUUCCUUUAAUAUUUGAUUUGUAGAUAUCUUAAUAUAUUGUUUAUUUAGAAGCCCUAAGAAAACCAAAGUUCAUAGAACAUUUUUAAAGAUAUAACUACUAAAAACUGGAAACCACUUUGCAGUUUCACAUAUUUUUCUUAAAGCUAUGGAAUAAUAAAAAUUGUGAAGGCUUUUCUAGUGAAUUUAUUGCACAGCAUAUUUUAAAGACAACAUCAUGUGAUUGUCAGAAAUUGUCCCCUCUUCUUCUGGUAAGGUAGCUAGGUAAUUGAAAACAACAGAUGUGAAAGGGUUUUUUUUUUUCUGUCAGAAUGGCAGUUCAAGCUACUGUAUACUGCUCUGUGAUCCAGACAUGAGACUGGUUGAUAAAGUAACACAGACUUCUAUGUUUUAUGGAUUUUCUGCUGUUUUCCCUUACUUCUAAGUUGUGUCUGGUCAUGAAAGUAUUUGAGAUUUGAAGAACCCUUGACUCAACAGUGCUAUGAAUAAAUAUUUAGCUGAUGCUGAGUUUACUAAGAUAAAAUAAUUAGUUCUGCCAAUAAGUGCUCUCUUGGCAAAGGUCUGCCAAGCACUGACAGUCUAACUCCUGCUUUCAAGCACAGACAGCAGCUCCCCAAAAAUAAUGGUGCAUUUUGCUUCUAGCUGAGUGUCUGUAAAACACUUGCAGUGACUUCAGUCCUGGUCUCCCACCAUGUCCUCAGGAGCCCUCCACUGACUUUUGAGGAAGUGGUGCAAGUAUCACUGUAUUUCACACUUCAAGAUGCUUAUGUAUCACAUAAUUUCACUUAGUAUCUGAAUCUAUGGUUUGAAAUCUUGACUCAGUUAAUUGACAACUGGCUCUAAAGAAGCUGUUACAGUGUGCUGCCAACUUCCACCUUAGGAAAGGAGAGACUGCUCUGUGGACUCUGAAUUUGGCAGAGAUGAGAUGAGAGUUGAAAGAUAAAACAUACAAGAAAUCUAAUCUAAAACCCUGGCCCUUUUGAUCCACUCUCAUGUUAUGUAUGGGAACUAAUGUCUUGUGAUUGCUCCUGUGUGAAAAACUGGAAAACAACUCAGAUCUUCCAUUCUUUGCUCUAUGACUCUGGGCAAGAUAAACACUUUGCCUCAGAUUCCCUGUCUUCAAAUGGGGAUAAUACCUACCUCACAGGGGUGUUGUGAGGCUUAACUAUUGUGUGAAGAGCUCUGAGAUCUGUUACUGGAAGGCACUGGAAAGAGGAUAAGAUACUAGAUUACCUGGCAUUUACUACUUCUACAAAUGUAUUGCAAUACCUAGGCACAACCAGAGGGAACUGAGGAUAGUUUUGGCCUUAUGAAAUUCUUUGAUGCUGUGGUUUUCAGGUUUUCAACAGUAUUUAAAUAUAGAUUUUUUUUAAAAGAAUGUUUUGUUAGUGAAGGGAAUGUAGCUUUGCCUCCAGAUACAGAACACCUCCCUAGUUAGCA